AUGUCGACUCCAACCUCUCCAUCCAGCGCUCUUGCACCGCCCACGACAUUUCUCUCGGUGCAAGACGGAACCCUCUGUGAAUUUUGUCGCGAUGACGAGCUCAUUCAGCCAAUCCGAACCAGAGCUCUCUCAGAUCUCAUUCAAUCCUCGCGUUACUGCGAACUUUGUGCAAGGUGGCUUAGGGCCCUAGAGCAUUCUUGUCAAAACCUGAAUGUUCGAGGCCAAGUUGCCGCACUGAGACAGCAUCCCUUAGAGCAAGACGUCUAUGAUGUGACGCUUGUGUUUCUGAGUUCUCCAGAACGGCCAAAAGUUGCAUGGCCGCACAUUGGACAUGUGUGGGCGGCUCUCGAUACGAUCGAUAUCGAUGAUGCGAAAGACAUUAACCUGAAACCGUUGCCUGGAUCGGAUCAGGGCGAGACUACUUGGAAAUCAGUCAGAGAAUGGCUUGAUCGAUGCGACAAACAUCAUAAAGAUUGCAAACAUAAGAAGACAUCCGCCUGGAAGCCAACUCGACUGCUGUACGUCUGUAAUACACAGGCUGCGCUUCAAGUCCGCCUAGUCGAGAGUCAGGAUAUACCUGACGGCGUUGAGUAUCUGACCCUGAGCCAUUGUCAGGGUGCAGGAAGCACUCUUCAGCUUACUCGCAGCAACAUCGAAGCCUUCAAGUCCUCAAUUCCCGUUGAUGAGCUCUCCCGCGUCUUCAUUGAUGCAUGUAACACCGCCAAAAGGCUGAGUCACGAUUACCUCUGGAUCGACGCACUCUGUAUAAUCCAAGACGACCCUGCAGAUUGGCAACAUGAAGUUGGUUGUAUGGCUUCUACCUACGGGAACUCAUGGCUCAAUGUCUCGGCUGACGGAGAUGAUGAGGCUGGCCACGGGCUCUUCUGUCCUUCUGACAAACGAGCCGGCCGCCCAUGGUGCCCAGUAUACAUACAACGUGAAUGGGGCGAUGGAUUUCCUAGUAAUUAUUGCAUAUCCGAGUAUCACAACUGGUGGGAACGCAUCUCAGACUCGCAGUUGAAUCGAGGAGUCUGGGCUCUCCAGGAGCGUGUUUUAUCGCCAAGGGUACUGCAGCUGGGACUUAAACAGGUUGCUCUCGAGUGUUCCUCGAACGCAGUGUGCGAACGACUGCCAUAUGGUGAUCCGACGAUAAGACAUGAUGACUUCACUGAAAAGUUUGUUCUCGACGCACGAAAUAGAAAUCUCUCUUGUCUAACUCCUGAGAAUGCUUUUCGGAACUGGAAUCAAGUGGUUCAAGCUUACUCCCAGGGACAGCUCACGGUUGCGACUGACAAGCUUAUUGCACUAUCAAGCCUUAUUGAUGUGCUCUACCCCGUCUUUCAGCAUAUGGUGAAGUCAGAAGACCAAGUCGAAGAUGGCUAG